AUAUGUUAGUGACGGGGUCAGGGCAGACCAACGUGGCGACUAGUGACUCCCCACGGCUGGUCACUGCAGAUGGUUGGCGGGCCCGCGCGUCACUAUGCACCCAGUUGACGGUGACGCGGCGGCUGAGUGUGUGCUGCUGGUGGGACUCUCCAGACCUAAAAUGGCGGCGGCACUGUUGUCGGUGAUGAUGAUGUCCCUAUUCCUAACGUUCCACGUGCUGUAUGACAGCGCGGUGUACAGUCUGGAAUCUGCAGCUGUUGCAGGUGGCUCCGGGAAUGCUAACAUGGUGGUCCUUACCAGUAGAAUGGACAUCAGCGGAGGGCCUGGUGGGGUGAUCUUCUCGAACCGCGUUCAUUUCCCUCGCACGAGUCGUCGACUCCCGCAGGCAAUCAUCAUAGGCGUGAGGAAGUGCGGAACAAGGGCGCUACUGGAGAUGCUGGCCUUACAUCCGCGGGUGCAGAAGGCCGCCGGAGAGGUACACUUCUUUGACAGAGACGACAACUAUCAGCGUGGACUGGAGUGGUACCGCCGAAAAAUGCCGCACUCUUUCAGGGGACAAAUCACCAUUGAGAAGAGCCCCAGUUACUUCGUCACACCCGAGGUGCCGGAGCGGAUCCGAGCCAUGAAUGCGAGCGUGAAGCUUCUGCUAAUCGUGAGAGAGCCUGUAACGCGCGCCAUCUCUGACUACACACAGUUGAGGAGUCACGCCGCCACGGCUUCAUCCUCCACGACAAGUAGUUCGUCGCAACAAAACGCACAGCGCAGCUUCGAGCAACUUGCUCUCCGAACUGACGGCUCUGUUAACUUGGCCUAUAGGCCUCUGGCAAUCUCACUGUACCACACUUUCCUUCUCCGGUGGCUAGAAGUGUUCCAGCGACCACAGAUCUUGAUUGUGAACGGUGAUCUCCUGAUCGAGGACCCUGUCCCACAGCUACAUCGCAUCGAGAACUUUCUGGGACUGGAACCACGCAUAGGACGACAUAACUUCUAUUUCAACCACACAAAAGGUUUCUUCUGCUUGAGAAACGAGACUGCUGAUAAAUGUCUGAGGGAAAGCAAGGGAAGAAGACAUCCCAGAGUGGACCCGAUGGUUGUAACAAAACUACGACGAUUCUUCGGCGAACAUAACCAAAGGUUCUAUGAUCUUGUGGGCGAAGACAUGGGUUGGCCUGAAGAAUAAAUGUUGCUGAAGCAAUGGCCGGGCCAUGGAGUGAACGUAAACAUUGCCUCGCCCGAAAAUAUCGCUCAUAACGUGGCCAUUCCUUGCCAAGAGAGUACAGUGAAAGCACUGUUAACAUAACCGGACCUUAAGCCCUAAGCUUAACUCUCAAAAGUUCGCUCAACUUUCUAAACGAAACUAGGCUGAGAUUUCCGUGGCUUUUAAUAUCAACAUUGUGGUCUUCUGGGUUACAGUAACGAGCACGCUGGCUCAACCGGUAAGGUUCUUGUUUCGAAUUUCGGCCAGGACACAGACUAUCCUGAGAGAUUUUCUUUCGUAAAUUUUGUCAGUCCCUCCAGACGAAUACCCAGACCUGAAAAUACGUCACGGCCACUUCCUUUCACAUCCUCCAAAAUUAACCAUUCUUUAAUCACGCUAACAUUCGACGCUGUAGAGUCUGAAUUACUCACAGCGUCGAUAAAUAAGCCAUAAAUAAAUAAAUAUGUGUAAUCGAGCAAGUUAGUUCAAGAGAUAACUUCUGUUGACUUGUAUUCAGAAGGUGAUCAAUUCGAAUCUUGACCGGAACACCGGAUAUCCUGGCUGAAGUUUUCUCCUCCGUUGCCCCCGGUUCUUUCCACAUAACUUCCAGUUCAUUAUUCACUGCCAGUCAGUCAUUCCAUGAUAAAUUGGAGUUGUUUGCAGCGGGUUACAUUACAGAUAAAAACAGUAACACAGGAGACCACAACAUGAAUCUCCAUCGGUCGCGUAAACGGACCUCAUAGAGGAUCAUAGUCACUUGUCAUGAAUAUUUCUAUCAACUGAGCAUAAAUGUUUCAAAUGAGCAUCUCAGGGGAGUGCUUCGGUUCUCUACAAACGCAAGCAAUAACUGUUCUUAAAUAAUAAAUCUCAACAGAACUGCAAUAUGGCGACGUUUCGGAGGAAUGUACUACAUCCAUCAUCGAGUUCGAAGAGACCACGCAAGAAAUAGCAAAAUGAGCUACUAGUCAUAGUCUUUUACAUUCAUGUAACAGGUUUCAUUGUAUACGUGAAUCUACUUCUGUCUGCUUCUUAUUAGUUUAUUACUAGGCUUUCGCUUCCACCCUGAAGAUAGAGGUAGUAUGUACCUCCGAAAUAUCGGCGUCACAACCUUUACGCCCGCCUCAGUGAAACUGAAUAAAUAGGUUGUUAAGCGAAACGGCAGUUCGUUUCCAUAUAAUUGCUUGCGUCUUUCACUGUGGUCGGUUUUAGUGUGGAAGAUCAACGUGUUUGGCUGUGAGAAAGGCGCGGCAUAGCUGCUCGUUUCAACUCGUAUGUCUUCAUUACUAUCUCAUGAAACUGUCAUCGCUCGCCUUGCAACUGGACGCAGCAAACUAAUCAGGCUUUGUCUCCCCUGGCAAGGAAUGGCCAUAUUGUUUCACUCCAGUCUUCCUCAGAAGCAAGCGGAAAGUCGCACCACGAAACAUAUCAGUAACCUACAAGAAUAUACACAGGCCGGCCAAAAUGAAAUUUGGGGCCAGGUCCCUU